AUGGCGACCCAACACCCGCAACAUCGCAAUCCCUCGCACUCUAAAAGGGCCUCGCAGUCCCACCCGCGCGUCUCGAGACCUGCCUUGCUCAAGCGUCACAGCAAGUCGCAGUCCAAGGUCCCCCAGGUCGCCCCGCGCAAGGACGAAGAGCCCGAGGACGACCCCAUGGCCGCCAGCUUCUUGAACUUCUGCACUGUGUGCGAGAAGCAAAUCAUUGUCCCGAACAACUCGAUACUCUACUGCUCCGAGAGCUGCCGCAAGAAGGACAACACCAAGACCAUCACCUUUGAGCCUUCGCCUCCCCCGACGCCAUACUCGCUCUACUCGGGCGAGGACUUCUCCCCUUCCCGCGACAUUGUUCCUCCCCGCUCGCCCACUGCCAUUCCCUCAAAACGCCUCUCGUACGGUUACUCUGAUGUCUCGGACGACGAUACCCCCGAGUGGGCCCAGGAGAAGCCAAAGGAGUCGGAAGCAACUCGUUACUUGAGAAUAUUCUCGUCGACAGACGUUACGGCGCAGAGGUCCAAGCGGUCCUCCACAUCAACAGUGGCGUCGACAACAAGUACAGCGCCAUCACUGUCGCAUACGCCGACCAGCUCCACCAGCACGUCGAUCCCGUACACGCCCGCAAGUCGGCCUCUGCCCAGACGGAACCCUCACGGGUCCUCUUACGGCACCCGUUCCGUCGACCUCGUCAACCCCUUUUCGGCCGCGCACCCCACGACUGCCCCUUCGAGUCUGACUCAAUGGUCAGUCAAAAGCGGGCCGAGUUGCAAGAUGUCGACCGGGCUCGCUGAGGGUGAGAUGGAACUGUUUCAGAAGAAGGUCCCUGACGCGACGUCGCCGAGUCAGGGAAGCCUGAAACAAUUGUUUGCCUUCAGUGCGAUGCAAGCACCGCCCAGUAGCACGGCAUCAACAAUGCGACCCACCUAUUCUUGA